AUGAUUCUGAAUGAAAGAUAUCCCCAGAUCGAGAGAUCUUCUGAUACCUUGGAUAUGAAAGCUUUGAGUCCUAACACUUUUGGGAUAAAGAAGCAAUUAAGACAAGAUACCAAAGUCGUUAUUCAAGGAUUAAAAGAGUUGUUCAAAUUUGGAAAGUUUGUAGAGGCAGAAGGUGUUCGAACUUCAAGUGCUCAAAUUACUGUGGUGGCCGAAGAGCAUGUGGUGCCAUCAAGACCAAAUCUCAGUUCUUCAUUUGAAGUUUCUGAUGAUGACGAUGAUGAUGAUGAUGAUGAUGACGACGACGAUGAAGAUGAUGAUGAUGAUGAUGAUGAUGAUGAUGAUGAGAGUGAUAGUGAUAACAAUGGUAUGGAUUUUUGUAUGUUUGUGUCGACGAAGGAGCCAGUCAAUGAGGUUGUGAUUUCUCCAACUGGGACAUAA